UGAGUUAAGGUGAAGAAAAGGGAGAACUGUUGCAGAAAGUACCGUUCACAUAAUCAGACUAAGGAAAUCGCAGGGGAGAGCCUUCGUCAUCAUCACCAUCACCAUCUUCACUAUCACCAAGAUCCCUGAAAAUCUUGAAGAAAUGAUUCACUUUGUGCUUCUUAUUAGCAGGCAAGGAAAAGUGAGAUUGACAAAAUGGUAUUCACCUUAUACGCAGAAGGAAAGAACCAAGGUGCUACGUGAACUCAGUGGAGUCAUUCUUACACGAGGACCCAAGCUGUGUAAUUUUGUGGAGUGGAGAGGAUACAAAGUUGUUUACAAGAGAUAUGCUAGUCUCUAUUUCUGCAUGUGCAUUGAUCAAGAAGAUAAUGAAUUAGAGGUCCUUGAAAUAAUUCAUCAUUUUGUUGAGAUUCUGGAUCGAUAUUUUGGCAGUGUCUGUGAACUAGACUUGAUCUUCAAUUUCCAUAAGGCCUAUUAUAUUUUGGACGAGCUUCUGAUUGCUGGUGAACUUCAAGAAUCCAGCAAGAAAACCGUUGCACGGUUGAUCGCUGCACAGGAUUCGUUGGUGGAGACUGCUAAAGAGGAAGCCAGUUCUAUAAGCAAUAUAAUUGCUCAGGCCACCAAGUAAGGGAUAUGCCUGUUGUACCGGUCAAUUUGAGGCGCUAUAAUUGUACUAUUUUCCUUUUUGGUUUCCAAAGACAACCGAAAUACGACUAUUGGUUAUAUGCCUGUUAAAGGUCUGUGUUGCAUACCUGCAUAGGUCUAUUUUUCUCUUCUAGUCAUCUGCAUUUUUGUGCUUUGUCCAGUUAACUUCUUCGGGCAGUAUAUUUUUUUUACUAUUUGUAAAUGAGCAAGAGCAAGCAUUAUUAUUUCAA